GUUCCUUCCGGUCCGCUUGCGUUUCACACGUCUAGUUUUAGCAACCGACAGCGUUGACGGCGUUGUGUACACGCGAAGUCAGUGUGAAGUAAGCACGAUGUUUUUAUCUCUGUGACCUAUUUUCAGAGAGAACAGAGUUAAUAAUUUGCCUUUGGACAAUGCCUUCUGAUAAACACGACAAGAACCACGUCAAUAACCUCGAAAACUUAUCAGUCACGGAACUGAAACAUAUUCUGCGAUCUUACGGACGAACAACAAAAGGCAGAAAGUCUAUCCUGAUAAGUCGAAUACAUAGUCACCACAGCCACCAGGAGGAGCAGCAUCUCCACCUCCUCCUCCAUCACCACCACCAACAACAACAACAACAACAACAACAACACCAUCAACAACAACCGCAGCAGCACAGUCCCAGUGCCUCGUCUGGGGUAGUCAUGGCCCGCACCAGUACCUCUGACAGCGGCAACGUUCGGCAGCGCGGCGGUAGCGGCAGCAGCAGCGGUAACACCGGCGGCAGCGGCAGCAAGAGCACCAACGGCCUCCACACCUCGCCGUCAGAGGUCAACUUCCACAAGAUGACGGACACGCUGGACCAGGAGCGGAGGGAGCGGGAGAAGAUCGUUCUCUGGCGGCGGCCGCUGCUCACGCUGCAGUACUUUGUCUCCGAGUCCUUCGUGCUGGGAUACAACAUGAUCACCAGGUUGUACCAGAAGAAGCUCACAGUGGUCCUCACCCUGGUUCUGCUCACCAUCGCCUACGUCCUGUAUCACACGGAGGGCCCGCAUCAGAAGCUGUUUCAGUCUGUGGAGAAGAAGUUCCUGUGGAGUGCCUACUGGGUGGGUCUGGGCAUCCUGUCUUCUGUCGGUCUGGGGACCGGUCUGCACACCUUUAUCCUUUACUUGGGACCACACAUUGCCGCAGUAACGUUGGCAGCGUACGAGUGCAACUCUGUGAACUUUCCUGAACCGCCAUAUCCUAAUGAAAUUAAGUGCCCGGAUGAGCGAGAUACAGAGGGGAUGUCUCUGUGGACCAUCAUGAGCAAAGUCCGACUGGAGGCCAUCAUGUGGGGAGCUGGCACCGCCAUCGGGGAGCUGCCGCCUUACUUCAUGGCCAGGGCGGCUCGUCUCUCCGGCGUCGACCUUGAGGACGACGAGUUUGAGGAGAUAGAGGAACUGAUCCACGAGAAGAAAAGACAUCCGGAGGAAAUGUCUGGAUCUCGGGGUUUUAUGGAAAAGGCCAAGCUGUCUGUGCACAAUUUAGUUCAGAGGGUCGGCUUCUUUGGGAUUCUGGCAUGUGCUUCGAUUCCCAACCCGUUGUUUGACCUGGCGGGGAUCACGUGCGGCCACUUCCUCAUUCCUUUCUGGACAUUUUUUGGGGCCACCCUCAUCGGCAAAGCCAUCAUUAAAAUGCAUAUACAGAAACUGUUUGUGAUAUUCAUGUUCAGCGCCCACCAUGUGGAGCAAGUUGUCAAACUCAUAGGGCACAUCCCUUACCUGGGUGGGCCAGCUCAGAAACCAUUCCAAGAUUACAUGGAGAAGCAGAGGAUGAAACUGCACCACAAGCCUGGGGUCGGGGGACAGGACGACGGG